UUCUCUCUACUGACAAACACUCGUGCUUGGCAAACCAAGGAUACAAGAUGCUGCGUCGCCUCCUCCUACGCCUCGCGCCGCCGCUCGCCGGCGACGCCCCCCGCCUUAUCCUUCGCGGCGCGUGCACGUCCGCGCCAGCCUCCGGGCCCCCGCCGGAGCCCCUCUCCCCGCCCGACCUCGAUGCCAUCUCCGCGCUCCUCCCGCGCCUCAUCUCGGCUGGGAACGUCCCCGCCGCCGGCCGCCUCCUCACCGCCGCGCUCCUCCUGCCGGGCUCCACGGAGCGCCUCCCGUUCUCCCCUCUCGCCGCGCACCUCGCGUCCAUGCCCACGCUCACCCCGGCCUUCGCGCUCCUCACCGCCAUCCGCCACCACCCGCUCCGCCCAUCCCCGCUGCCCCUCGCCACGCCGCUCCUCGGCCACCUCCUCUCGCGCCGGCGGCCCCGGGAGGCCGCCUCCGUCGUCCGCUGGCUCUGCCGACCCGACUCCCCGCAGCGGCCCGACAGCGCCACCUACGCCGUCGCCGUCGCGGGGCUCUGCCGGCUCGAGGACCCCAAGAACGCGCUCGCUGCGCUCCGGGAGAUGGCCAUCGACGGGAUACGGAUCUCGCUGAAGCUGCGGGAGUCGGUGCGGGACGCUAUGUUGCAGGACGCGAGGAUCGAGGAGGCAUGGGCGCUGGAGGCGGCGAUGAAGCAGCCGGACACCACCGAGUUGGCGCAGCUAGUCGAGAAGCUUCUCGAAGAAUGGGAGGAGUGAGACAUUGAGGACCGAGAAGAAUUUGGAUGCUUCCUUGGUUUUCACCAUGCCAAGGUAGAAUUUUCCGAAACAUUUUCAUCCAUUUGUUUGAUCUCUAGUACGCGAUUGAGGUUGUGAUGUUAUCAUUGAGAAAUCUGUUUAGAAUGAAAUACUGAUAUAUGUGUUGAAAUGAAAUGAUGGGAAAAUUGG